CGGCUCGUCGCAGCGRAACGCGGCCCAGGCCAGCGGCGGGGCAUGGAGCGUCGCACGGCUUAAGAGGGAUAAGGCUUCGCUAGAACUGUAACUAGAAUGGACAGUUACUUUAAAGCAGCAGUCUGUGACUUGGACAAACUACUUGAUGAUUUUGAGAAGAAUACAGAUGAAUAUGACUGCUACAGGACCACUCAAAAUCCAUAYGACCCAAAAAAAGAGUCACUAUUUUCAAUUUUGGAACAUGCAUCUCCAACACCGAAGCUACAAGAGAAUGCUAACACUUCUACCACAGAGGAACAACCUUCUAUAGGCAGCCGUGCUGGAGCAAGCGAAGCAGUCCCAAAUUACUYGCUGCAAAGUGAGAAGAAUGUUGCUGGACUUGAUCUUUUGUCCACUGUGGAUGGAGGUUCCUCAAGUGAAACCCAAGAUUCUAGCCUGGGGAGGUGCAAUGUACCUGUGUGUGAUCUUGUUAAUGACACAGGUAACUUAAUCCAUUCCRUAGGUGCUCAUGAAGAUGCUCAGAAGCUGCAGCCAGGUGACUCGCAGUUUAGUGAAGACUGUUUGCUUGACUUUGCCAUGUCUCCCAUAUCAGCUCCUGUUUGGGGAUCAUUAGGUGGCAGUGACAUUUUGUGUAUGCAGCAAAGUGAUGGGGACUCAAUCUUGCAAAAUUCAGGGCUACUUAAAACAGAAGAGUUGAAUCAUGUAACUUUUAAAUCAGACGCUUAUACUAAAGAAAAGAUUUUGGAUCUCUAUGAUGAUAAAAACAGGACAGACUCUUUAAAGGCUAAUGAGACUUUUGAUCAGGUUGAACAAAGUGCUCGCCUUAAUACUGCAUGUGCCCCUGUAACGUCACAGAAUUCAGAUGUGCACGGUCCCAAAGAUGAGACAGCUUAUGAAAAAAUACUGUGUGAGCCGCAAGAUGACGGUGCCAGCUCUUUAGUGAGUGAAGAGAUGUAUGGAAGAAAUACUAUGGAAAACAUGGGCUUAAAAGAUGAGAGUAGUGUUGAAACCAUGCCUUGCGAUCUGCCAAAGAGUCCUCAUUUGCACAGUGCAGUAUUACCCAGAAGUUGUGUUUUAUCAGGUUCCUCAUUUCAAACAGAGGAUAAACUAGAAAYAGAAAAGGAAAACGCGGAAGAAAAUGUGGACAAUGAAGAAGUUAGUGGCAAAGAAAUAUUAAACAGAGUUUCAACUUCGUGUAUUUCAGUUGAGGAUGUUCAGGCUUCACUGUCGUGUCUUCCACUUCCUGUAUCUAUAUGUGGCUCUUUAGCUGUAACAGAAGAAAAAAUGAAUCCUCUACCUCAGAAUGAAGCAACAGAGGUUAUCAGUGAUAUUUUAACUGUUCGUACUGGAAAGUCUAAAAUGGAUCCAUCUGAUAAGGAGUCCCACAAAAAGACUGGCUUGCAUGAAGAUGACAGUUAUCUACCUAAAAACAGCCAAAACUUGGUAGAAGAAAGUGUAGGUGAAGAGAAGCACGAUACUGAGAAUAUAAUUGAUUAUGGUGAUUCUCAGCAAAUUGAAACAAUUGCUUCUCCUUUUCCCAUUUUAGAGUAUGAAGCUGAGCCAUAUAGUGGGGAGUUUUACUAUGAUGAAGGUAUUAGUCCAGACGUACCUGAAUUUGCUCUUGAGGAUAAUAUUAUUAAAAGUGAUACUCUAAUAAGUGAUGCUGAGCUUGAUGACUUCUUGUAUGGGCAAAGUCUCCAGCCUAGUGUGCAACAAUCUUCAGAGGGUGAUAGUAAUUUAUUGGAACCUGAUGCAAAUGAAGCAAACUUAAAAAAUGUGAAAAACCUGGAUUUCACAGAGUCCAGUGAAGAACAUACAUCUAGCAUUGCUGUUAAUCUUAAAUCAUCUGUUACUGACUGCAAAUUGCAAUCUCCAAUGGAAGAGAGUCUGGCUUGUGUUCAGGAUGCAACUGAAAGUGACAGCAAAGCUUCUGUUUCUGCUGUUCAUACUGAAGGAGCAAGACCAAAACAGUUGCUUGGCCUUUCCCAAAGAGUAAAUGUACCCGAGGGAGAAAAUCGGGAAGCCAGUUCGAUAACACCCAAAGCUCCCAACUCGGGCGCUGACGUUAGUUUUGAACCUGCUCGCUCUGAGGAAGGCAGCUGUGAAGAUGGAGGAAGUCAAACAUCCAUAAGAGAAGAAUCGCUUCAAAAACCUCCUAUUUUGGGACAGAAACAGCCAUCGUGGGUUCCUGAUUCAGAGGCACCCAACUGCAUGAACUGUCAAGUCAAGUUCACGUUUACGAAACGACGACAUCAUUGUCGUGCGUGUGGAAAAGUUUUCUGUGGCAGUUGUUGCAACCGAAAGUGCAAGCUCCAAUACAUGGAGAAGGAAGCAAGAGUCUGUAUUGGCUGUUAUGACCCUAUUAUUAAAGCACAGGCAUUUGAAAGGAUGAUGAGUCCAACUGGUCCUAUCCCUAAUUCCACUGUCUCCUCUGAAUGUUCUUCUGCUGUUCCACCUUUGCAGGAGACCCAGGCAACUGAUAGUUCUAGCUCUCCAUCAUCAUCUAUGUUGUUACCUAUCUCUGUACUUAAACAACCAGGUAUWGAAGGGCUGUGCCCCAAAGAACAGAGGAGAGUUUGGUUUGCAGAUGGUAUUUUGCCAAAUGGCGAAGUGGCAGAUACAACAAAACUUUCGUCUGGAGCAAAGAGGUCAUCACAGGACCUAAGUCCAGUAAACGCUGACUUACCAGAGAUGGAUAUGGUUGCAAAUCCAGAAGAGAAUGACACAUUAAGUGAUGUAAAUCCAAAGCCAAAGGAAGAAAUGGAUGUUACAGCAAGAACUGAAGAACUGUGUUGUGAAUCUUCUGUUCCUUCAGAUGAUAGGCAACACGCCAUUCUCAGGCAAACUGAGCUGUUGCCUACUUACCAGUCUGUCACUCCAGAAACUGAGGAAUUCUCUACUGCUGCAGAAGCUGAAAAGUCUGCUCCCUGCUCGGUUGAUUGGACUCAAAAUGAUUUGCCUGUUAGUCCUUCAAGUUACAGAGCACUGUGUGGUCUAGAAAAAUGUGUUAGUAAAGAAGUCAGCCUACUUCCUGAUGGUGAUAAGCUACCACCACUUUUGCUCGCAGUAGGAGAAAACGGRAAAGAUCCUCUAGUGGAACUACAUCCAUCUCGCCAACAGGUUACCUCGCUCCUUGCAGAAGAAGGUCCUAAUCCACUAACCUUUAUCCUAAAUGCAAACUUGCUCCUGAAUGUCAAGUUAAUAUCUUAUUCUUCGGAAAAGUGCUGGUACUUCUCAACAAAUGGACUACAUGGCUUGGGUCAGGCAGAAAUUAUCAUUCUAUUGCAAUGUUUGCCAGAUGAAGAGACUUUUCCUAAUGAAAUACUCAAAUUAUUUAUUGAUAUCUACAAGGAUGUAAUGAAAGGAAGGUUGUUAAGAAAUCUGGAGAACUUCACUUUUACUGAGAACUUUCUUGGUAACAAAGACCAUGGAGGCUUCCUGUUUAUUUCACCAACUUUUCAGAACCUCAGUGAUCUGCCUUUGCCAGAAAACCCAUUUCUGUGUGGCGUUCUCAUCCAUAAGUUGGAAACACCCUGGGCAAAAGUUUUUCCCAUCCGUUUAAUGUUGAGAUUGGGAGCAGAAUAUGGGGUGUAUCCAACACCUGUAGUAAGUGUCAGAGACCGCAAGCCGCUCUUUGGAGAGAUAGGACACACCAUUAUGAAUCUGCUUGUUGAUCUUAGGAACUAUCAAUAUACUUUGCAUACCAUAGACAACCUAUUCAUUCAUGUGGAAAUGGGUAGAAGCUGUAUUAAAAUACCUCGAAGGAGAUAUAAUGAGGUGAUGAAGGUGAUAAACUCUUCUAAUGAGCAUGUAAUUAGCAUUGGAGCCAGUUUUAAUACUGAAGCAGAUUCUCACUUGGUGUGUGUUCAGAGUAAGGAUGGUGUCUAUCACACACAAGCAAACAGUGCAACUGGGCAUCCUAGGAAAGUCACGGGUGCAAGUUUUGUGGUGUUCAAUGGAGCCUUGAAAACAUCUUCAGGCUUUCUAGCUAAAUCCAGUAUAGUUGAAGAUGGACUAAUGGUACAAAUAACACCAGAAACAAUGGAAAGCCUACGUCAGGCACUGAGAGACCAGAAGGACUUUAAAAUAACUUGUGGCAGAACAGAUGCAGGAGACRUAAAGGAAUAUGUAGAUAUUUCCUGGGUAGAAAAUGAAGAAAAAACAAACAAAGGAAUUGUAAGCCCAGUAGAUGGAAAAUCAAUGGAAGGAACUCGGAGUGAAAAACUACUACAAGGUGGAGACUUUGAAACAGACGGCAAAAUUAUGAAGUGYACUGAAGUGUUCUAUUUUCAAAAAGAUCUUGAACUAUCCAGUCCUACUCCUCACCAGUUUGCUAAAGAGAUUGCUAUUGCUUGCRGUACUGCUCUUUGCCCACAUCUUAAAACCCUGAAAAAUAAUGGAAUGAAUAAGAUGGGCCUUAGAGUUUCCAUUGACUCAGAUAUGGUUGAGUACUUGGCAGGUUCUGGUGGUCAACUUCUUCCACAGAACUAUUUGAAUGAAUUGGACAGUACUCUGAUUCCUGUGAUCCAUGGUGGGAUGUCAGAUCCUACAUCUUUGCCAUUAGAAAUGGAAUUAAUAUUUUUUCUUAUAGAACAUCUGUUUUGAUGAGGAUUAUGUAUAUUGCAUAUAAUAUGCUGAUUUGCUAGAUGUGAACACCAAAGUUGUAAUGCUAAAAACACUAAAAAUAUCUAUGUCACUAAAACUAGUUUUGUCUUAAUGGACUUUAAAACUGGGUUUUGUUUAAAAGCAAACAAAACCAACUUCAGGCUCUCUCUGGUUCUUUUACCACAAAAGAGUUGUGGUUUUUAAUAUUUCCUAAAGUUCUGAAACUUUACACUUGAUACAGUUGCAGAAGAGGGUGAGUUUUGUCACCUCUUUACACAAUUGUAGCAUUUACUAUGUGUAUUGUAACUAAAAGCCAUAGUAUCUGCACUGUUGCCUCUUGACCUCAAAUAUUAUAAAAAUUGUAAACCAUUAUAAAAAUUCUUACGGUUAGAUCUAAUCUACAUCUGAAGCACAUACUCUGCAUGUGCAAAUGAGGUAAACCUUGUGUGAAGUAGACUUAGCUGGCACAAAACUGUUUUCUUGCCUCCUGAGAUUUAAAUAGGUCUUCAGUAGUUGACUGCAAGCAUCUUGUACAGAUUUUAAGUGCAUGCUCUUUGACACCUUGUGUGUGAUAAGCAAGAGGAGAAGAUUUUGCAGGUAUGUUUAUGAAGUCUGUAGUGGGAGAAGUCCUGACUUAAUAUUAGGAUAUUAUGCUGGUGCUUCAGGAACAUACGCUUCUAAUUUUUUUUAUAGAAUAACUGAUUUCAUUCUUGUAUUUAUAAGAUUUAUCUAACUUAAAUGAUGCUAUUUUUAUAAAUAUUUUUUUUUUACUCUGUGUUCAAAAGUCCUGAUACAAUUUGACAUUCCAAGGAUGAUUAAGAAACCCAAUUACUCUUGAAAUCAAUGUAGCAAUAAGUCAGCCAAGACUCCUGUCAUAUCUUUUCUGCUCCCUCGUGCUCCUUUUUGACAUCUCUUAGCGGCCACCUUUAUUUUCAGGGAGAACAGAUGUAUUAAGUGUAAAUUUUCAUGGACAGACUGCUUUAAUAUAUCUGAGGUUCUUAUAUUUUUAAUAUUGGGUCAUUAAGAUCUAUUUAUAUACUUGCAAUGCAUGUGACUUGUACAGAGGUUCAGUGAACCAUAAUCAGGGUUUGGUAACUGUCACUUAACUGUUUACCAAGAACAGAACCAAAACAAAACUAUAUCUAAGCUCUGUAUUGUUUUGAGUAAAAAUGCUGGUACAGUUUUAUAAUGAGAGACUAUUAAAAUUUUGCCUUCUUGAUUCUCAUAGGGGACACUGUUUUGUAUGGAAAAUAAUUUGUAACAAUCUAAUCAACUCUGCUGUUACCUGUGCUUUGGGAUACCAGUGCUGGAAGUGUUCAGGCUUCAAGAUGUUAGGUCAGAGGAAACUGMGGAUGCCUGUAAUUAAUACAGCUCCUUUCGAGAAAUUGUCGUCCUGGAGAAAAACUGAAGACUACUUCCUAUGUAUGCACUGAACACAAAAC